AAUUUCCCCUUUCCUCAAUCCACGCAUAAUUGCCCGGCCUGCUAAGGGAUCCAAUACUCAAUAGUCUAUAAAAGACUAAGGGAAAUGAUACUUCAACACACUACUAAGAACCUAAAAAAUUUCUUCAUCUCUAUCUUUAAUCUUCAAGUCAUUCCUCUAAUGGCUUCUUCGGGUAAGCAUCUAUUUUUCUUCUGUUUGCUAGUGACGUUUUCCUCUAUCCGGGCUAGAGAGAGCAUGUUCUUUAGCAAGUUCACGCGACACUAUAGCAUCACAAAAGAGAAUGGUAAGAAAGGGCCCAUCACCAUCUUGUCAGUACCAAUUCAAGCACCUACACUAGCACCAGCACCAUCACCAGCAUCGUUACUAGAUGUUCCAGAACCAGCACCAGCACCGGUGUUCGGCGAGAGUGAAAAGGGCCAUGGCCAUUUCGGUGAGGGCUCGGGAAUGUUCCCUCCCAAGGAGACUUCAACCACCACCACCACUUAUGCUGAUGAAAAUGAGCUUUUGAACGAAGAACUGGAUGGUGUAACCUCUGACCAGAAGUAUGAAAACAGCAACUACAACAAUGGCUAUACUAGCACUUACAACAAUAAUGGUUACGAGAGGAGCAACUACAACAACAAGAACAACAACAAUGGCUACAAACUUGGUAGUGCUAGAUAUGAGACAGGUAAUCAAAACAACAAUGGCUACCCCAACAAGUACUACAAUAAUGGCUACAAACUAGCUGGUGAAAGCUAUGAAGCAGGAAAUCAAAAUACUGAGAAUGGCUACAAUGGCAACACAAACAACUACAACAACAACGGCUACAAACUAGCUGGUGAAAACUAUGACACAGGCAAUCAGAAUAGCGAGAAUGGCUACACCAACAACUACAACAACAACGGCUACACCAACAAGUACUACAAUAAUGGCUACAAGCUAGCUGGUGAAAGCUUUGAAGUAGGCCACCAGAAUGGUGAGAAUGGCUACACCAACACUUACAACAACAAUGGCAACACCAACACCUACAACAACGAAGGCUACACCAACAAUUACUACAAUAAUGGCUACAAACUGGCUGGUGAAAGCCAUGAAGCAGGCAAUCAGAAUAGUGAGAAUGGUUACAGCAGCAAUGGCAACACGAACAACUACAACAACAAAGGCUACACCAACAAGUACUACAAUAAUGGCUACAAACUAGCUGGUGAAAGCUAUGAAGCAGGCAAUCAGAAUAGUGACAAUGGCUACACCCGCUAUGAGAAUGAGAGACAAGGGAUGAGUGACACAAGAUUUAUGGCGGGUGGAAAGUACUAUUACAACGUGAAGAAUGAGAAUUAUUACCCUGCUAAUAAGUAUGAGUCAGGGAAGGUAAGCACUCAAAAUCAAGGUUCUUAUGGAAAUGAUGAGAACCCUAACGAAUUCAACACCAUGGAAGAGUAUAAGAGCCAGGGGGGGUAUGAGGAAAGCCAAGAGGAGUCUUUGCCUUGAAAUACUGUUAUUGUUGUUGAAUUUGUAGUGAAAGGAAAGGUAAGAAUUAUAGAGGAAGAAGAGGGCUUUCGAUGUAUAAUUGAAGGAAAGGCUAAGUUAUGGGAUCAAAUUACAAAUUUCUCAUUUCAUGUGUGAUUUUCUAAUUUAGUUUUUGGUUUCGAUAAUAUUAUUUAUGCUUUGCAACUCAAAAGGGAUGGAGGAUUUUAUAGCUUUGCACUUUCAUGUGAAAAAUUGCACUAUCAAGGAUCUUUAAUUCGAGAGC